GCUAGGGAAGGGCCUGCCAGGUGAGGCGCGGUCACCCUGGCCCGUUCACUUCCGCCCAGGUGAGGGAGGGCCGGUGUCGUGCCCGCCCGCUCGCUCGCUCCCGAGCCUCCGCCGGACCAGGUUUCUUUAAAAGGGAUUGAAGACAAUCAUUCAAAAUGCCUGAAAAUCCCGCUCCAGAUAAACUGCAGGUCCUACAAGUUCUUGAUCGCCUAAAAAUGAAACUGCAGGAGAAGGGAGAUACAUCACAAAAUGAGAAGCUCUCUCUGUUUUAUGAGACACUAAAGAGCCCUCUCUUCAAUCAGAUACUCACACUUCAGCAGUCCAUCAGGCAACUGAAAGGGCAACUCAGCCACAUACCCUCAGAUUGUUCAGCCAACUUUGAUUUUUCUAGGAAAGGUUUAUUAGUGUUUACAGAUGGUGCCAUUCCUAAUGGGAAUGCCCAAAGACCCUCUAAUAACUCAACUGUCUCUGGGUUAUUUCCUUGGACUCCUAAGUCGGCAAAUGAAGACUUUAACUCAGUCAUUCAACAGAUGGCUCAGGGCCGGCAAAUUGAAUAUAUCGAUAUAGAACGGCCUUCAUCUGGAGGCCUUGGAUUCAGUGUGGUGGCCCUGAGAACUCACAGUCUGGGACAAGUUGAUAUCUUUGUGAAGGAAGUACAGCCGGGGAGUGUAGUAGACAGGGAUCAAAGAUUAAGGGAAAAUGACCAGAUAUUGGCUAUUAAUGACACACCACUGGAUCAGAACAUUUCCCAUCAGCAAGCGAUUGCAUUAUUACAACAAACCACUGGAUCUCUGCGUCUGGUUGUGGCCAGGGAGCUGGCCCACACAAAAACCUCUGCCAGCCUAACUGAUCCCACGCUGCCUGAAACAGUUCAUUGGGGGCAUAUUGAAGAUGUUGAGCUCAUUAAUGAUGGCUCUGGAUUAGGUUUUGGAAUAGUUGGAGGAAAAUCAAGUGGUGUGGUUGUGAGGACGAUUGUUCCUGGAGGAUUAGCAGAUCGAGAUGGAAGACUCCAGACAGGGGACCACAUCUUGAAGAUCGGUGGCACAGAUGUGCAGGGAAUGACCAGCGAGCAAGUUGCGCAAGUGCUAAGGAACUGUGGAAACUCAGUCCGCAUGCUUGUUGCAAGAGCGCCUGUGGGUGCAGUUUCCGUAACCCCUCCUACCCCUGCAGCCUUACCUGUUGCCCUGCCUGCUGCAGCUCACAAGAGCCCUAGUGCUGACAGUUCUUUUUUUGAAACAUAUGAUGUUGAACUCAUGAAAAAAGAUGGACAGAGUCUUGGGAUUAGAAUUGUUGGCUAUAUUGGAGCUGCUCAUACAGGGGAGGCUUCUGGGAUUUAUGUGAAAAGUAUAAUACCUGGCAGUGCUGCUUACCACAAUGGCCAAAUUCAAGUGAAUGACAAAAUAGUUGCUGUGGAUGGUGUGGAUAUUCAGGGUUUUGCCAACCAGGAUGUUGUUGAAGUAUUACGGAAUGCAGGCCAAGUGGUACAUCUAACCCUGGUUCGAAGGGUUCGAAGGGAGGCGUCUUCAUCUGCUUCUCCACUUGAAUGGCCUUCAGACCCAGGAACUGCUGUAGAGCCAUCGGAAACACCAGCCCGCUACCUAACUGGAGCAGUGGAAACGGAAACUGAUCUGGAUGGUGGGGAUGAGGAAACUGAAGAAAGAAUGGAUAAUCUGAAAAAUGACAACAUGCAAGGCGUAGAAAAAUUAGAAAAGGUCCCAGACUCUCCAGAAAAUGAGCUGAAAUCUAGAUGGGAAAACCUGUUGGGCCCGGAUUAUGAAGUAAUGGUUGCUACUUUGGAUACACAGAUUGCAGAUGAUGCUGAAUUACAGAAAUAUUCAAAGGUCAAUGGUGUGCAACUGUAUGGGAAGUCUCGCCGAGAAGCAGUGUCUUUUCUCAAAGAGGUGCCUCCUCCCUUUACCUUGGUUUGCUGUCGACGACUGUUUGAUGAUGAAGCUUCUGUGGAUGAACCAAGGACCACUGAAGCCCCUCUUCCCAAGAUGGAGGCUGACCACAGUGUAGAAGUUGGUACUGAAGAAGAUGAUGAUGGGGAAUUAGCACUAUGGUCUCCUGAAGUCAAGAUUGUUGAACUGGUAAAAGAUCAUAAAGGCUUGGGAUUCAGCAUCCUGGAUUACCAGGACCCUUUAGAUCCCACAAGAUCAGUGAUUGUGAUCCGUUCCCUGGUGGCAGAUGGUGUUGCAGAAAGAGGGGGAGAGCUAUUACCUGGGGACCGCCUGGUCUCAGUUAAUGAAUACUGUUUGGAAAACACCACACUUGCCGAAGCUGUGGACGUGUUGAAAGCUGUGCCGCCAGGCAUUGUACGCCUCGGCAUCUGUAAGCCCUUGGUGGAAGAUGAUAAAGAGGAAGAAAGUCAUAUUUUACAUUCAAACAACGAUGAAGACAAGACUGAACUUUUGGAAACAAUUCAUGACAUAAAUUCAUCUUUGAUACUUGAAGCACCCAAGGAAUUUAGAGAUGAACCCUAUUAUAAAGAAGAACUUGUAGAUGAACCAUUCCUCAAUUUGGGAAAGGCUUUUCAGUCCCAACAGAAAGAGAUAGAUCACAGCAAUGAGGCCUGGGAGAUGCAUGAAUUUCUGAUUCCUAGAUUGCAGGAGAUGGGGGAAGAAAGAGAGAUGCUUGUUGAUGACGAUUAUGAGCUAUAUCAAGAUCCCUUGCAGUCCAUGGACUUGUAUCCCUCAUCACACCUUCAAGAGGCUGCUCCUGUUCCCUCUGUGAAGGAACUUCACUUUGGCACCCAGUGGUUGCAUGAUAGUGAACCGCCUGAGCUUCGGGGAGCAAGAUCCAUGGUGAGUCUGUACUCCCCGGAGGCGCAGCAGUACGGCUACAGCACGGAAAACAUGAUGAAAGAAAAUUUUGGCAUCAGUUCCCUACCCUCCAUACCCUCAUCUGAAGGAAACAGUCAACAAGGCAGAUUUGAUGAUCUGGGAAAUCUUAAUUCAUUAACAAAAAGCAGUCUGGAUUUAGGCGUGAUGAUUCCAAAUGAUGUCCAGGGUCCUGGCUUGCUUGUUGAACUCCCGGAUGUGGCUCAAAGAAGGGAGCAAGAAGAUUUGCCCUUAUACCAACUCCCCAGGACCCGGGUUGUGUCCAGGGCCUCGGCAUACACAGGACCAUCGUCUUACAGAUAUACCGCUGAUGCAUGUGAGUUACCUGAGAGAGAAGAAGGUGAAGGAGAAGAAACGCCAAACUUUAGCCACUGGGGUCCACCAAGAAUUGUUGAGAUAUUUAGAGAACCCAAUGUGUCUCUUGGUAUUAGUAUUGUUGGUGGACAAACUGUUAUAAAACGCCUGAAGAAUGGAGAGGAACUGAAAGGUAUAUUUAUCAAACAAGUUUUAGAAGACAGUCCAGCGGGAAAAACAAAUGCUCUUAAAACAGGAGAUAAAAUACUCGAGGUGUCUGGAGUAGAUUUGCAGAAUGCCUCUCACAGAGAAGCAGUUGAGGCCAUUAAGAAUGCAGGAAAUCCUGUGGUAUUCGUUGUUCAGAGCUUGUCAUCCACUCCAAGAGUCCUUCCUAGUGUGCAUAACAAGGCUAACAAAAUCGCUAAUAACCAGGACCAAAACACCGAAGAGAAAAAGGAAAAGAGACAAGGAACUGCUCCCCCUCCAAUGAAAUUGCCACCUCCUUAUAAAGCUCCAUCUGAUGAUAGUGACGAAAAUGAGGAAGAAUAUGCAUUUACCAACAAAAAAAUCAGGCAAAGAUAUGCAGACCUGCCUGGAGAAUUGCACAUUAUUGAGCUUGAAAAGGAUAAGAAUGGACUUGGACUCAGCCUUGCUGGUAAUAAGGACCGGUCACGCAUGAGCAUAUUCGUGGUGGGAAUUAACCCCGAAGGGCCUGCUGCCCUGGACGGGCGAAUGCGUAUUGGAGAUGAACUGUUGGAGAUAAAUAAUCAGAUCCUGUAUGGAAGAAGUCACCAAAAUGCAUCUGCCAUUAUUAAGACCGCCCCAUCAAAGGUCAAGCUGGUUUUCAUCAGAAAUGAAGAUGCAGUCAAUCAGAUGGCUGUUGUUCCCUUUCCAGUACCAUCAAGCUCCCCGUCUUCUGUUGAGGAUCAAAGUGGUACGGAACCUGUUAGCAGUGAGGAUGAUGGCAGUCUCGAAGUUGGUAUUAAACAAUUGCCUGAAAAUGAAAGCUCCAAACUGGCUGUCAGCCAGAUGAAACAGCAGCAAAAAUAUUCAACAAAAGUCUCCUUCAGUUCACAAGAGAUCCCUUUAGCACCAUCGUACCACUCAAUGGAUGCGGAUUUCACAAACUAUGGUGGUUUCCAGGCCCCUCUGUCAGUGGACCCUGCCACGUGUCCCAUUGUUCCUGGCCAGGAGAUGAUUAUAGAAAUAUCCAAGGGACGUUCAGGUCUUGGUCUCAGCAUUGUGGGAGGAAAAGACACACCUUUGGACGCUAUAGUUAUACACGAAGUCUACGAAGAAGGAGCAGCAGCCAGAGAUGGAAGACUUUGGGCUGGUGACCAGAUAUUAGAGGUUAAUGGGAUUGACCUGAGGAGCGCUGGCCACGAAGAAGCCAUCACAGCCCUGAGGCAGACCCCCCAGAAGGUACGACUGGUGGUGUAUAGAGAUGAAGCACACUACAGGGAUGAGGAGAACUUGGAGAUUUUCCCGGUGGAUCUGCAGAAAAAGGCUGGCCGAGGACUGGGUCUGAGCAUCGUUGGGAAACGAAAUGGAAAUGGAGUGUUUAUUUCUGACAUCGUCAAAGGUGGAGCUGCAGACCUGGACAGGAGACUGAUUCAGGGAGAUCAGAUCUUAUCUGUGAACGGGGAGGACAUGAGAAAUGCCUCACAGGAGACGGUGGCCACUAUCCUCAAGUGUGCACAGGGCCUGGUGCAGCUAGAGAUUGGAAGACUCCGAGCUGGUUCCUGGACCUCCUCGAGGAAGACCUCACAGAAUAGUCAGGGAAGCCAACACAGCACCCACAGCAGCUUCCAUCCCUCCCUGGCUCCUGUCAUCACCAGCCUGCAAAACCUGGUCGGCACAAAAAGAGCUCCAGAUCCUUCCCCCAAAAGUUCAGGCACAGAUAUGGGACCAAGGACUGUUGAGAUCGUCAGGGAGCUCAGCGAUGCCCUUGGAAUCAGUAUUGCUGGAGGAAAAGGAAGUCCCUUAGGAGAUAUCCCCAUAUUUAUUGCCAUGAUUCAGGCCAGUGGUGUGGCUGCACGUACUCAGAAGCUUAAGGUUGGAGAUCGGAUUGUCAGCAUUAAUGGGCAACCUUUGGAUGGGCUGUCUCACGCGGACGUGGUUAAUCUGCUAAAGAACGCCUACGGGCGUAUUAUCCUACAGGUUGUAGCAGAUACCAAUAUAAGCGCCAUAGCAACUCAGCUUGAACACAUGUCUCCAAGCUACCACCAUGGUUCUCCCACUGCUGAACACCACCCAGAAGACACAGAAACACCUCCACCUAAGAUUAUUACUUUGGAGAAAGGCUCUGAAGGAUUGGGGUUUAGUAUUGUAGGGGGUUAUGGAAGUCCCCAUGGAGACCUGCCAAUUUAUGUCAAGACUAUAUUUGCAAAGGGAGCAGCUGCAGACGACGGCCGGUUGAAGCGAGGCGAUCAAAUUUUAGCUGUUAAUGGCGAGACGCUGGAAUGUGUUACUCAUGAGCAAGCUGUGGCCAUUCUAAAACGCCAGAAAGGGACUGUAAUCUUAACUGUGCUGUCCUGAGCCUCGGGUCCUAAUCACAAGAUAGAUGCUGUAGAAUAUCCAUAGAAAGAUGAAGCUUUGAGGAUGAAAAGCAGCCUCCACUAGAAUUCAUCUUCAUUUAUCACCUCACCAUCCUUGCUCGGGCGGGAGAGAUGGCUAGAUUUCACGUGAAUUGCCCAAACCAACCAUCGACUCUUGGUGAGGUGAAUUUCUAGAACUGAACGAGUCUUACCUGAUUUGCAUCUCACGUCCAUGUUUAGCCACUAGUAGUAACUGGUUCUGAUUAUCUCUGCUGAACCCGAAGUUAACCACCUCUCAUUCCUGUGCCCUUCUCUGCCCAUCCCCACUCACUCAGAGGCUUAACAGCAAGCUCACAUGUUUUCUCACGAACAGACACAAAUGUUAACCAACUUGUCAUCUCACUCGUGAUUUACUCAUGCUAAUUGUCUCUUCAAGUAUGCCAGAAAACAUUAGGAGUGUAAUUAACUUACCCCUGCUCCCCAUGAUGAAACACCCUGUUCUCCUAUGGGAAAUUAUUGUGCUCUUUUCUGCACGACUUAGAGUCAGAUAAGUCUCAAAUUUGUUUCUCUGGGUAGAUCUUUAUAAGCUAGUCAUUGAUGAUUAUGAUGAGUCAAUUUGCAGACUGUAAUCUGAAAAUUCUGGAAGACUUUCUGAUUGUUUUCUUGGCUACAUAAAUGUGUACCACUGAGCAAACGCACCUUAUUCUCCACAGGAACAAUUAGCAUCAACGUUCUGAAUUCUAACCAUGCUAGGUUAUAUUCAAGUCCAGGAAGUUCAGCUGAAGUUAAUGGCAUCUCAGCAGGCAGGCAUCACUGCCUCUCUUCAGUCUUCAGACAAGGAGAUAGAAGCCCCAGAACCAGUCUGCAGAGAUCAGUAAGUUUUCCCUCAGGUUAGACCAGGU